GGCUUGCACUACUGCCUCAGCGAGGUGCUCAGUACACACUGCACAGCUUUCCAAGCAACUCAUAUUUUUCUCCUCAGUCUUUCUCUACUCAGGCACUUUGCUUGGAAGAAAGAAAGGAAAAAAAAAAAAAACAGACUGGAGAAAAAAACAGGGACUUGCCAUCAUCUCGCUUUAGUAUUGGGAGCAGAUUGGAGCAGGACACCUGGGAGAGCAGCAGUCCUGCAGAGAGGAGAGCAGUGUGUGUGAGCGCUGUGUGUGUGUGUUAUUAUCGCUUUAUAGUCCGGGUAGUUUCCCUAGAGGGGGAGGCAGAGGAAGGGAGAGCAUUGCCUGUUGUCGUGGUUUCUCUCCUCCCGAGUGGCUGAGGGGUGGCUCUUGGUGACAGGAAACACAAGGCUUGCGAUGAGACCUGAGCGCUGAGUGGAGUAUGCUGCAGACGAUUUACGAGGGCGAGUCAAGUUUCUCCACAACAGAGGGGCGCUACGGACACCAGCGGCUCCUCCACCAGAGCAGGAUGCACAACGUGAACAACUCAGUGGAUUUUAAACAAGACGUGCCAUUGGCUGUGGAGUCCUUAUCUCCCUUGGACCUGCGCACAGAUCUGAGGAUGCUGGGGCCCGGCUCAGACCCGGGACUGUGGGAGAGGCAGCUGCAGCAGGAGCUGCUCAUCAUUCAGAAACAGCAACAAAUCCAAAAGCAGUUACUGAUCAGCGAGUUCCAGAAACAGCAUGAGAAGUUGACCCGUCAGCACCAGGCUCAGCUCCAGGAGCAUCUCAAGCUCCAGCAGGAGCUCCAGGCCAUGAAGCAACAGCAGGAACUGGCAGAGAAGGAGCGUCGUUUGGAGCAGCAGCAACAACAGAACCAGCAGGAGAAAGAGCAGGAAAGGCAUCGGCGAGAGCAGCAUGUCUCCAGCCUGAGCCUCAGGGGCAAGGAGCGCAGCAGAGAGAGUCUCACAGGUGCAGUAGCCAGUACAGAAGUGAAGCAGAAACUCCAAGAGUUUCUGUUGAGCAAAUCAUCAAAAGAUCCAGUCGGCAACGGAGCUAAUCAUUCUUUCAUCCACCACCCAAAACUCUGGUACACGUCCUCUCACCACACAUCAUUGGACCAAAGCUCUCCACCUCUGGGCGGCACAUCCCCCACCUGCCAGUACACCCUGCCGUCUCCCGUAGAGAGCAAAGACGAUUUCCCCUUGAGGAAGACAGCGUCUGAGCCCAACUUAAAGGUACGAUCCAGACUGAAGCAGAAGGUCGCAGAGAGAAGAAGCAGCCCGAUGUUGAAAAGACGAGAAGGAAACAUCAUGACACCCUACAAGAAGAGGGCUCUUGAGCUAAUGGACACUGCGCCAACUAACAGUGCCCCUGGAUCUGGCCCCAGCUCUCCCAUAGGGGCCUCCAGUGCCUUAGGGGCUGAAAAUGGACCAUCCUCUCUGCCUACAACUACAAAAACAGAGAGAUGGCCUUCGCAGCCGAGAUUAUUUCGACCUGAAGGCUCCAUAUCCAUGUUGAGCUUGUAUACAUCUCCAUCUUUACCCAACAUCUCUUUGGGACUUUCAACUGCAUCCUCACCCAUUAGUGCCGCAUUGGGGUUGAAAGAUAGAUCAACAGAAAUCAAACAUGGGCUACCUGGGCAUCUGCUGGGCCCCGUGCCCCUUCAGACCGGCCUGGAGUCCAAGGUGAGCCCCAGUCACCAGGCUCUCCUCCAACACCUGCUUCAGAAGGAGCAAAUAAGGCAGCAGAAGAUGACUUCCACUGGUCAAGGUUCCAUGUCACCCCACCCUCAGUCCCCCUUGGCCAUGAAGGAUCGCCCCACCAGCAGUCGGCCUAAACUACCAAAACACCGGCCUUUGAACAGAACCCAGUCGGCGCCGCUGCCUCAGAACACACUGGCUCAACUUGUCAUCCAGCAGCAACACCAGCACUUCCUGGAGAAACAGAAACAGUACCAGCAGCAGGUCCAUAUCAAUAAGCUGUUAUCCAAGUCCAUUGAGCAGUUACGUCAGCCCAGUUCACACCUGCAGGAAUCAGAGGAGGAGCAGGAGGAGCAGCAGCACACAGAGGAGGCCGAGAGCAUGCAGGAGGACAGGCUGCCCCCUGGAGGAGUCAUUCGGAAGCACACGCUAAGCAGCAGCAGCAGCAGCAGCGGCUCGAGCGGCGAGAUUCCAGACGCUCACUGUGGGGUCAUCAAGGUCAAGGAGGAGCCAAUUGAUAGCGAGGACGAGGCUCUGACCAAUCAGCGCUUAGAUGCGGCACAGAAUACCUAUCUUCACCAAGUCAAAGGGAGACUGGUGAUAAGAGCAAUGAUCUGAGAAGGGAAAAAGGAUGAAAUCAUCCACUUUUCAACAUUAACAAACGUGUGCAUCUACACCUAUACACAUGCACGCACAGCAGCCAUUGCACAGUAGGCCAGCUCUCCCUGUCACAACACAUGAGCUCUUUUCAGUCAGUCGCAGCCUCACUUAUCCUACACUCUUAAGACUCUGUUUGUGAUCUUUGUGUAGUGAUCUCUGUAAAAUAUGUAAGUUUCACUUGUGUAUAUAUGAAGGUGAUUUAGACCGUACUUUUUCAGAGCUGCUUUGGUCUUCUCGAGUCUGCUGAACUGACAAAAAGUCGUUUGUACAUAUACUGUGGAUUUAGCAUCAAAGAUGAUUUCUAGAGGGAAGCUUGAGCAGGUGUACAGCUUUAGGGACCCUCCUUAUGCUCCCACCAUGUACAUUUUUUCCACUGAGUAUUUGAAUCCUUCUCUAUCCACUUCGCGAUGGAGAAUUAUCAGUAAGUCUUUGUAGUGUGUUAAGGAAAUUUAGCACUACGUACUUCAUUUUUUCUUGGAAAUCUGUGACGAUGUUCAGUGUUACAUGGUUUCAUAGAUGAAAUAAUGAACAUCUGUCUUAGAAUGUAUACUUAAAUCCUGAGAGAGGGCUCUCCUGCAGGGCAUACUCUUGCAGUAGGAGUGAUAUUACCACUGGAGUAUGGCCUGCUCCUCAUAUUGCAAUUUGAAUGAUAAAGCACUAAAUCCCUGCUUGGGUGUGCAUGCAUCUCCCCACACAUCCCGAGUCUCCGCGUCUCUCUCUCUCGGAGCGGUCUCAGCGCCAGAGCUAAGCUGAGUUCUCCUCCCUCUCCCCUCUGGGUCCAAAUCAAAGCUCAACAGAGUUCCUGCCCAGCUUUCAGCAGAGGAGUCAGACAGCGAAAGAGAGAAAGAGAGAAGGUCGGGCAGGAAAUGCCUUCUAGAAGCCAGGAGUUGGAGUGAUUCAUGUGUGCAGGAAUGUUGAGAGAGGAGGACCUAAGGUUGGAGGAGUCCAAGGGGCCAGGCUUGAGAAUUGAUUUACUGUCAAAGCGAAUUACAAAGUGAGUGAGGAUAUGGUUAAGGGAGUCCUUUUUAAAGGGAAUCACUUCCUUUGUAUCCCCCAGUGGCAUGCUUACAUCAACAUGCAGGUUUGAUGUUACCUAAGAAAUAAAAAAAAAAUCUGGUUGGGACGCCCCCCCCCCCCUUUUUUUUUUUUUUUUUUUACGUGAGCCUGUUUCUCCCCAGAAAGUGCCCAUUGUGACAUGUAUAGUCUGUCUUAAAGUGGUCAGCCAAAUGUAUUGCAUAGUCGUAAACUACCCUGUUUCAUUUGUACCAUCUACUAAAUGUGAAAAAGGCUAGUGUAAGGUUCUGUUUAUGGAUUCAUGUGAAAAGCAAAAUUGUCCGUCUUAUAGUGUACAGUCAGAUCGUCCAGUUUUAAUGUUUUUAGUGUAAGUAAACACAAUCAGAACAAUGUGAGUCUUGUUCUCUUGCUUCUUUGAUUUUAUUGUAAUGAGAACCCCUUUCCUGCCAGUGGGGGGUGGAGGUGGAGGGAGUUUGGGGCGGUCCUGUGGUCUGUUCAUAGCAGUUUGCAUUUCUUCUCUUUGUUGCCUUGCGUGAUAAACCUUUCUUUUUUAAAAAAUAAAUAAAAUGAAUAAAGUUAAUUUACCUUUAAA